ACAUUGUAUGUCGCUCUAACCAGGAACCCCUAAAAAAGCAACAUAUACAUACGCUAUCUCGACUUUAACACAACUUCGCCAAACACAUGUUGAUUUCCAUCGUGCAAAUUCCCCGUAACAUCUCCUGAAAGCCCCCAACCAAUGAAUCAUUGUUAUUCGGACGAAACUGAAUCACAUGUUUCCAAUGGCAAAGCCAGUAUAGUGCUAAUGCACUGACUGAUGAAUGCAGCCAUCGGACAACCAAGCGCGUUGGUUCGUCUCAGUUGCUACAAAGGACUCGACGAGGGCACUUUACUCGCACGUGUAUCAAUGCGAAUCCAUGUGUGAGCAACCAAAACACUGACAGUAGAACAUGUGAACUUGUCAAUCAAGGAGACACCAACAUUUUAUCCCAGUGAAAUUCAACAGAAUUGAGAAAACAGAGCACCAUGACCAAGAUAGGAUCUUUUGGAGUGUUGAUUAUUCUUACUGUUAUUUAUGUGCCAUACGAAGCCAGUCUGAUAUCCCUUUUCACAGGGGGUUCAGAUAAGGACAUCCCAGUUCCCAAACUAAUUUUAGCCCCAGCUAACGCCACCAUAUCCCCAAAUGUGAGUGUGACAUUGGGUUGCAAGUCAAAUGUGCCAGCCAGUCAAUGUCAAUGGGCGUUCUAUUCCACGGUCGAGCCUGAGAAACGAAAAAACCUCACUCCUUUCUCACCCUCAAGUCCAAAUGAGCGAAAAAAGCAGUUUGGGGGUCGGGCUGAAAACGAUUGCUCCCUCACCAUUCACAAAAUUGCGGCGAAAUAUGAUGGGAAAUGGAUAUGCUCUAUACUCCCUGUGAGUGGGGACCAGAAGUUUCUGAUCUCAAAGCCUGCAUUUCUGCAUAUCUAUGAGCGACCAGAAACGCCCAAAUCUCAGGGUGAGAUUUUCGCCGAUGAAUCGGAUGAGAUCGGAAGAGAAGAGGAAGAAACAACUCAAAACCCUCGAGAUCCUGUGAAGCUUCCGUACUUUGUGAUCAAGAGGAAACCGGAUAACUCUUUGGAUGUCACGUGGAACUUGGAACAUAUUCAACGGGACGUUGAUCACUGCUCCUGGAUUUCUCCGGACCGAGUCAGAAUUUCUAGUCAAAACUCGUUAAGUGAUCUAGUUUGGACUUCUCAAUCAAACCAUUCCUGUGGUAUUCAAAUUCAAAGUCAAGAAACUUCCUCAAAUGCUGGAGAAUGGACAGUUGUGGCCGAAUCCGAAGAUGAUAAGCCAAUCAUUUCUUCUCAAUUCUACAUCAGUCCGGCGCCAAAGCAUGAAUCAUCCACGGUGAUCUCCACCACUGCCCAAUAUUACACGGAUGCGAUGGACCCCUCAGAUUCGGUAAAGCAAUCUGAAGUUUUUGAACCAUAUUUUCUAUUGCUUCUUGGAGUGAUUGGGCUCUUGUCAUUCGUGGUUUUGAUCUUGAUAUGUUGCGUAUGCCACUUUUGCAAGAACCCAACGCACAAGUACUCGAAUGAAGUCCCAAAAUGUCCACCGUCUCCCAAUUCCUCAAUCGUUGGCAUUUCACAAAGGGCGCCAAUCCGAGCUUUGAAAUCAAAUCCUCAAUAUGAGUCCAGUGACCCCAAAAUGGCUAACCGAAAUUUGCCAGAAACCCCAAAAUCUAUUCUAGUCUCCACUAACAGCGACAAAAAGCGGCACAGCGUCAUCGGUAUUGAUUCUGAAAUUACCAAAGAACCAUCAGGUCCCCAACCUGUAACGUACAGCCACAUCAUCCCAAAAUACGAGCGGAACAAUAACCACGAGUAUCUAACCAUUCAAGUCCCAAAUUUAGGGAGCCUGAAAAAACGCCCCAACCCAGAGGACACACAAUACGAACAAGUUAACAAACCUUUACCUUCGUACGAAAACCAGACAGAAUUUGCAACCUUUGGAUUUGCAAGUCUGCGACGCCCUAGUAAACCCAGAGUUGCCAUACGAAAAGUUUCAAGCAUGAGUGUCACAUCUGCUCAGUCUCAGGGUGGAGCAAGUGACAGUGGCGUGGAUUCGGAUCAGAUGGAUAAGUGAGGACCUAUUUUAUCGCGCACAAAGUGACUCAAAUUAACAAACUAGUGAAGUAUUGUGUUUAUUAACUCCGUUAACUGCCAUUUCUGAUAUAAGUUUCUGAUUCGUUAAAUCAAAAGCUCAAGAUCCCCGAGCACUGGAAUUUCUUGAAAUAUCUGA